AGAUUAGUGAGGGAUUAGUGCACCCUUCAGAGCACUUGCCCACAAAACACUUUGAACUUCUACAGGUUCUAACCCAUCUGUAUCUCUCAGACAGUGUUCUUACACACCACAUAGGGUGCUUUCUGAGCUGCAUCAAGCAUGAAGGAUUACUACAUGACCUACUCUGUAGCAUGGUAUACACUCACUGGCCUUUUUAAUAGAAACAUUUGUAGGCUCACAGAAAAUGGAUGGUUGAAGAUUUGUAAAAAGACCAGGUGAUGGUUUUUUUCCCAUCUUUAACUGCCCAGUAUUGGUGAGCCCGUGGCCACUGUAUCCUCAGAUUCCUGUUUUUGGUUGACUGGAGUGGAACCCGAUGUAGUCAUCGACUGUUGGAGCCUAUCUUCCUCAAGGUUUGAAGUGUUCUAUUUUCUGAGAUGCUUUUCUGUUCACCACAGUUGUAAAGAGUGAUUAUUUGAUUUACUGCAGAUUUCCUGUCAGCUCAAACAAGUCUGGGGAAGCCAUGGUCUAAUGGUUAGAAAAGCAGUUUUGGGACCAAAAGGUUGCCAGUUUGAUUCCCUGGACCAGCAGAAAUGGCUGUAGUGCCCUUGAACAAGGCCCCUAACCCCAACUGCUCCUCAGGCUGCUCUGGAUGGCCUGGAUAUGCAGUCAUCAUGGGACCCCUGUGCCAGCAAUGAGUGUAGGAUUACUACUACUGAUGUGUGCAACAUGGGCCGAACCAUACAGGACCCCUUACACUGUGACAGACCGUGAUCAAUAUAACCCCAGAGAUCACCACCAAAACACUGAGUAUCAUCGAGACACCAGUGACAGCAGGACGACUGAGUGUCGGCGAUGUUGUGAUCCAGGCGAGGAGCCACAACAAUAUCACAGCACUUACCCACAAUACCAGGUGGUUCCACAGAUAAACAUCACCAUCCUUAAAGGAGAAAAGGGAGAAAGCGGAGAGCGUGGACCCUAUGGCAAAGUAGGCAAGACAGGGCAGACAGGCCCAAAAGGACCCAAUGGCUUAAAGGGCUCCAAGGGCAAUAUGGGAACCCCAGGAGAACCCUGUAAAUCCUACUAUUCUGCCUUCUCUGUAGGCCGAAAGAAAGCCCUGCAUAGCAACGACUACUACCAGACGCUGGUGUUUGACACAGAAUUAGUCAACCUGUAUGGCCAUUUCAACAUGUUUUCAGGCAAAUUCUUUUGCUACGUGCCAGGAAUUUACUUCUUCAGCCUCAACGUGCACACAUGGAACCAGAAGGAGACAUACCUGCAUGUGAUGAAAAACGAGCAAGAAAUGGCCAUCCUGUAUGCACAGCCCAGUGAUCGCUCCAUCAUGCAGAGCCAGAGCCUGAUGCUGGAGCUGGAGAGAGAUGAUGAGGUGUGGGUUCGUCUCUAUAAGGGCGAGAGAGAGAAUGCCAUCUUCAGUGAUGACUUUGAUACCUACAUCAUAUUCAGUGGCUACCUCAUCAAAGCCAAGAAUGAAGUUUAGCAGACCUCAGUGAUGUACUAGCAAGCGUAAAAUACAGUGGUGUUUGAAAGUUUGUGAACCCUUUAGAAUUUUCUAUAUUUCUGCAUAAAUAUGACCUAAAUCAUCAGAUUUUCACACAAGUCCUAAAAGUAAAGAGGACCCAGUUAAACAAAUGAGACAAAAAUAUUAUACUUUGUCAUUUAUUUAUUGAGGAAAAUGAUCCAAUAUUAUAUAUCUGUGAGUGAUAAAAGUAUGUGAACCUUUCCUUUCAGUAUCUGGCGUGACCCCCUUGUGCAGCAAUAACUGCAACUAAACGUUUCCGGUAACUGUUGAUCAGUCCUGCACACCGGCUUGGAGGAAUUUUAGCCCAUUCCUCCAUACAGAACAGCUUCAACUCUGGGAUGUUGGUGGGUUUCCUCACAUGAACUGCUCGCUUCAGGUCCUUCCACAACAUUGUGAUUGGAUUAAGGUCAGGACUUUGACUUGGCCAUUCCAAAACAUUGACUUGAUUCUUUUUUAACCAUUCUUUGGUAGAAUGACUUGUGGGUGCAUGACCCACCUUCUCUUGAGAUUUAGUUCAUGGACAGAUGUCCUGACAUUUUCUUUUAGAAUUCCCUGGUAUAAUUCAGAAUUCAUUGUUCCAUCAAUUAUGGCAAGCCGUCCUGGCCUACUAGAUGCAGCAAAACAGGCCCAAACCAUGAUACUACCACCACCAUGUUUCACAGAUGGGAUAAGGUUCUUGUGCUGGAAUGCAGUGUUUUCCUUUCUCCAAACAUAACCCUUCUCAUUUAAACCAAAACAUUCCAUUUUGGUCUCAUCUGUCCACAAAACAUUUUUCCAAUAGCCUUCUGGCUUGUCCCUGUGAUCUUUAGCAAACUUUAGCAGAUGAGCAGCAAUGUUCUUUUUGGACAGCAGUGGCUUUCUCCUUGCAACCUUGCCAUGCACACCAUUGCUGUUCAGUGUUCUCCUGAUGGUGGACUCAUGAACAUUAGCCAAUAUGAGAUAGGCCUUCAGUUGCUUAGAAGUUACCCUGGGGUCCUUUGUGACAUCGCCAACUAUUACACGCCUUGUUCUUGGAGUGAUCUUUGUUGGUCGACCACUCCUGGGGAGGGUAACAAUGGUCUUGGAUUUCCUCCAUUUGUACACAAUCUGUCUGACUGUGGAUUGGUGGAGUCCAAACUCUUUAGAGAUGGUUUUGUAACCUUUUCCAGCCUGAUGAGCAUCAACAACGCUUUUUCUGAGGUCCUCAGAAAUCUCCUUUGUUCAUGCCAUGAUACACUUCCACAAACAUGUUGUGAAGAUCAGACUUUGAUAAAUCCCUGUUCUUUAAAUAAAACAGGGUGCCCACUCACACCUGACUGUCAUCCCAUUGAUUGAAAACAUCUGACUCUAAUUUCACCUUCAAAUUAACUGCUAAACCUAGAGGUUCACAUACUUUUGCCACUCACAGAUAUGUAAUAUUAGAUCAUUUUCCUCAAUAAAUA